AUGUCAUAUAGAAAUAAAAGUGGCGGAAACGGCUGUUACAAAUGCGGUGAAAGUGAUCACAUUGCUCGUGAUUGUUCUCAGUCCAACGAUGUCUGUUUUAAUUGCGGCAAAGCAGGACACAUUAGUCGUGAAUGUGAUGAACGUAAAGAAAAGACAUGUUAUUCAUGUGGUAAAACUGGACACUUGUCUCAUGAUUGUACGUGUGGAUCUAGAUCUGGAUCCGAAUGUUACAAGUGCGGCAAAAUAGGACAUAUGGCCAAAAAUUGUGACAGUUCUCAAGAUGAUGAUAACUAUAGUUCCGGAUACAGAUCCAAAGGGUGUUAUAAGUGCGGAGAGUCUGGUCAUAUAUCGCGUAAUUGCCCUGAUAAUGGAAAUGGUGGUGGAGGCGCAGUUAGUCGAGAUUGCUUUAAAUGCGGAAGAUCUGGGCAUUUUGCCAAAGAUUGCGAUGACAACAAUGAAAAUGAUUACGGUUCAUCACGAAGUAACAACUCUGAAUAUGGCCAUUAUCAACGAGAUUGCGAUAAGGAACAAAAAUGUUAUAACUGUGGACGUUCUGGACACCAAAGCAGAGAUUGCGAUCAUCCGCGAGGUUCUAAAGUCUGCUACAAAUGUCAACAGGAAGGGCACAUUCAAAAGGAUUGCCCCUUAUCCGAUUAUAACGCGUAA